GUCACUCCCCCACGUCACAUGGCCACCUAUUGUUGGCCUCGCUGCCGUACAGUCAAACUGCCUCUCCCGCUCGUGACGGCAUCCGGUCGCGUCCGGGCCGUGCCCAUGCAACAACAAUAACUCUCUCCGUUUCCCGACAUCAACUCUCCAGCCUCGAGACCGGCGGGCCCCAACUGCGAUAUCUGUGUCGGCUCCGAGCGGCGACUGUCGCGCAACCCCCGACCACGGACGCUCGCCGCUGCCGCCGCCGCGGUCAUGACGCUGUUUACGGCGCAGCUGCACCCGGGCAGGGGCCUUGGAUUUCUAAUCCUGGGCGCGUCACUCCACGACGUCCUCACGCGCCUCAAGGCCGAACCCCAGCGAUUUCCCAAGCUCGAAGUGCUCUACUCGCCUGACCGACCCGUCACCGAGCCCGUCUGCAUCAACCUGCCGCAAAACGGCAUCCGCCUGCGCUUCGACGGCCCCGAGCAGCGCCUGCGCCUCGUCGAGGUCCUCGACUUUACCAAGAACCACGUCACCUUCAAGGACCGCGACCUGCUCAAGCCCGCCAACGGCACGUCGGCUCCCGGGUCACCCGUGCCAGGCGAGACGUCCGGCGCGGCGGGUCCUACGUUCCGACACAUAUACCACCGCCUGCUGGGGCCGACGUAUGCGGGCGAGUUUAUCCCCCCGGCGGGCGCCCAGGAGGAUGGCAUCUACGUGCUGUCAUACCCCGGCGUGGCCUUUAACUUUCCCAUGCCCAAGGCGUCCUACUCGCCCAACAAGGACGUCGUCUCCCUCUUAUCUGCUGCGUCCUCGAGCCAAGUCGCCACGUCCAUGGCCGUCUUCAGUGGAGACUCGUGGGCCGAGGCCCGUCCGACGCUCUUCACCGAGGUCCUCCCGAGCAUCAAGUCUACGUCGGCUCUGCAGCGCGGCAAAGACGUCUACCCCGACGAGGUGUCCCUGGUGCGGCUGUACGGGGGCGGUCGCAUUGACCUGUUCCGCAAGUGGACAAGCAGCGCGUUCCGGAUCCAGCUCGGCGAGACGACGCCGCAGCAGCUCGUCAUGGAGCUGGGCCCGCCAAACGCCAUCUACCGAAAGAACGACCAGAACAUGGUCAUCCAUAAGAUGCGCACGGCCAGCAACACACGCAGUAGGCCGAGCGCGACGGAUCUCGGGCGGCCCGACGACCUCACUGACACGGAUCAGUCGUCCAUGAACACGGGCUCCGACGAUUCGGACGAGGAGGCCAUCGAUGACCAGGCCGCGAACAAUCCAUCCGGAACGUGUUUCUACAACUACUUUUAUCUAGGUUUCGAUGUGCUCUUGUCGACGUCCACUCCGCCGUCGGGGCUGCCGCCUGGCACGGAACCGGCAGGCCCGGAAAACCCUAUCAAGUCGCACCACCCCGAUCGCCUCGUCGUCACCAAGCUCGUCCUCCACGGCAACAUACCCGGCUCCUACGAAUUCAACCGCCACCGGCGCUGCCGCUGGGAAAUCGCCUACCUGGACGAUGGCGAGGACGGCCAACCCAUCAACUCGGAGACGGAGUUUCGACACGUCGAAGAGCGCAUGAGCGACAGGUGGCAGGAGGCGCUCCCCGCGGGCAAGGGCUCCGCACGGCAAAGGGGCAUGGUGCUGAACCGCGGAUGGGGCGACAGCCCGGGGAGCAGCUGCGAGUUCCUCGGCGGGUGGGAGGAGAGCGGCGCGCGGCGGGCCGACGCGGGCGGGGAGUCGACGACGACGCUGUAUGGCUUCCCGGGGUUGGUGUUUGAGGUGCUGAAGAACGAUUAUGUGAAUACGGUUACGGUGUUUUAGACCCUUGAUAAGCGGUCGUCGGGAGGCGUUUGUACAUGUUGGGCGUCGGACUUGACGCGGUAUCCUGUGCAGUGCUUGCAUGAGAUACCAAUUAUACAAGACUUGAGCUUCUUGCCCCUUUGUUCUGUGGUGGCGAGGCCUUCUAGUCGUUGUGCCCGUACGGCAUGUGAAACGCCUGCCGAAGUGCGCGCCGACCUGGAAAUAAAGCGAC